UACGCCUCUAGUAACAUGCCUGCCAUCAAAAAGGAGAGACUGGAUGGGGACGAUAUGGCAUUAGCUGCCUUCAACCAGCCUGAAUACCUGGCCCCUUUAAAUGCCACCGCUAUCCCCGUGGUGACCCCACAUCCACCGCCGUACGAUCACAUUUUCGCCCAUCACCGCGCUUACUUGGGGCUACACGACACGGCGCUGCAUCAACAGCACCUUCACCAUCACCCUGACGACUUAAUGCUGGAGAGAUUCUCCUCCAUCCCCGACUUUCAGCCGUUUUUCGACAACGGGGAACCAUGUAUCGAAGUGGAAUGCGGAGAGAAUAAGGCAUUACUCUACAUUAACAAACUAUGUCAGGGCAGUAAAGGACCUUCCAUCAAAUACCGGGGUGAGUGGCUAACCCCAAACGAGUUCCAGUUUGUAAGUGGAAGAGAGACAGCAAAAGACUGGAAACGAAGUAUUAGACACAAAGGGAAAAGUCUGAAGACCCUUAUGUCCAAAGGAAUCUUACAGGUACAUCCACCAAUCUGUGAUUGCCCGGGGUGUCGAAUUUCAUCUCCAGUGAAUCGUGGACGCCUGGCAGAGAAACGGACCAUCCCCCUUCCACCCACACGGAUCCCCAAGAAGGAGCUGGCCUCCAUUUUCAGCAGUGACGACAGCGAGGGGAGUGAACGAGCUAGUGGAGACCAUGCUGACAUCAAACAAGAGGACGAACUGCACUACAGUAUCAUGAGAAAAAGUCGUGACAGUGACCUCUCUACGAUCAUCUCCAACCUGCAUCACACCCGACAACACGGCAUGCCAGAGGGGCAACCCUGUUCAGACGUAACCCUCGCCUCCUCACACACAGAUGACAUUUUAGGCAAGAGGAGAUCCUACUCCCCCAACAGCAGCAGCGAGUGCCCUACUGAGAGCAAGAAGUCCCGCAGUGUUUCUCCUAAAGAAAACUCUCACACCCCUGCAUUGGAGCAGGCCAGUCACAUGACCCCUGAGGAGCACUACAGGCGGAUGAUGUCAGCUCUGAAUGAGCAUGGCUCCUACGAAGAGCAACAGCAGCGUCUUUACCAGCUCGCCAACAACAUGGGUGUCUCAAGCCACGAGCUGAUGCGUGUGCGUCAGGAGACUUUGGCUGCUGUGAGGAACCCAGGAGCUAUGGAGGCUCACCUGCCUUCUGCAGGCAGCUCAUCCAGCCAGCGCCGCAAACAAGGCCUACCCCAGCACCGAGACGCCCACUUCUCCGAGAGAGAGAUUUCCCAUCCUCCUCCACUGCUGUCUCCUCAGAGUGCCCCACACAUUGCUCUUGGCCCUCAUCUCAGGCCCCCGUUCCUGGGCAUGCCCUCUGCCCUGUGCCAAACUCCAGGAUAUGGUUUCCUGCAGCCUGCUCAGGCAGAGAUAUUUGCACGGCAGCAAGAGAUGCUUCGUAAACAGAACCUCGCGAGGUUGGAGAUGUCUGCAGAGCUGCUGAGACAGAAAGAGCUGGAAAACCUGCAUAGGCAGCGUUUGCUAGGUGACCCGCUCGGUUUGCACCCAGGUUUACCUGCCGAGCACCCCGCCCUGCGCAGCCUACAGGACAUUCCUGAGGGUCACCCACUCCGCGAGGAGAUCAACCGUCGCAACGCCAUGCUCGUGCUCCGCCACAACAACACGCCGCUGCUCUCCCUCAACCACCAGGGGGUGGCGGCAGGCACGUCUUCCAAAGAGUCCUGCAGCCGCAAGAGUUCACGGAAAGGAGGGCACCUCCGCGGAGACCAACACGGGGGUCCGUCCGACGCUAAAGAGUCGCAGGCGGAAGGGCGGAGUCGCGACAGUGAGGCGGACGGCCAGGACGAGGAAAUGAAAGACUCGGAGAGCGAUGCGGAGACUGGAGAGGACAGGCCAGAGGGAUUCGGCAAAGCUGACGGACACAGCCUGAACACAGACAUGUGCCAAGGCAAGGACGCAGUGAAGCCGUGUGAGGGGGUGAAGGAGCUGGCUGAGGGAUCUGGACGACUCAGCGCACCCUGCAGUUCCACUGGACCUGAGUCACCCACUCACCACCUCUUUAAUCCGGGUCUGGGCAAGAGUGAAGCUAAGUACCUGCCACCUGGGACUGUGCCACCCACACUACCUGGUUUGCCCACCCUACCUGGCCAGACAUUGCCCUUCAGCUUCCCUUACACCAGCCCCUAUUUCCAUGCUGGCGCCAUGGGAGGUCUGUUUGUGGACGGAGAGGAGGCGGUGCCAAUGGAGGACAUCAGCAAGUGGAGUGUGGAGGAGGUGUGCAGCUUCAUCAGUGGCCUGGCAGGCUGUGCCGAGUACACACAGUUGUUCAGAGAGCAGGCCAUCGAUGGGGAGACGCUGCCACUGUUAACAGAGGAGCACCUCCUAAACAACAUGGGACUUAAGCUGGGACCAGCCCUCAAGAUCCGCUCACAGGUGGCACGGCGCAUUGGCAGAAUAUUCUACAUGACCAGCUUCCCGCUGGCCCUCCCACUGCCGCCAUCUGCUCUGCGCCCCCCGGACAGAGACCCCCUGCCCAUGGAGAACCGGCCCCCCUCAGCUGGCAGCACCUCCUCCCCCUUCAGCGUGCCUCCGGCCUGCCGCGCCUCCCCCAAGCAGGAGAACGGAAACCCCUCCUCAGCAGGAGCUUACGACUCCACUAAACCUCCCUCGUAG